CUCCAAACUCCAACACGUCUUCGCCUUUUGUAAACAAGCAACCCUUAUCUCAGGCAUACACAUUUUUAACAAGUACACGCUACGUUAAAAUGGGUAUGAAUCAGUCACUAAAUUUUUCUUUAUUUUUUCUACGGGUAUCUUUCCGAUUGAAGAAAGGAAUCUGAUAAAAUACCUCAGUCGCUUCACUAACGAGGAAUUUGCCACUAAGGAAAUUGUGGUGGCAAGCAUGCGCAGUCAUAUGACUCGUUUUUGUUGUUUAUAUUUUUCUUUUAUCAUCCCACACCUGCGAGGUUAGGUUUCAAAGUUUAAGAAAUUUUGGUAAAACCGUGAAUUUUAAUCUGAAACUUCAUCCAUGGCUGCCAUCAAAAUCAAUCGAAGUUGUGAAACACCUGGCUGUGAUCUAGAUGCAAAACUACAAUGUCCGACUUGCGUUCAACUCGGAAUCCAAGGCUCCUACUUCUGCUCCCAGGAUUGUUUCAAGGGAAAUUGGAAAAACCACAAAGUUUUACACCUCUUAGCAAAAGGUGAAAGUGUGAAAGGAGUUGUUAAUGGGUAUGAUCCAUGGCCAAAUUACAGGUUUACAGGUAGAUUAAGGCCGUACCCUCAAACGGCUCCCAGGACGGUGCCUGCCCAUAUCGGUCGACCAGACUAUGCCACCCAUCCUAGGGGCGAAUCCCACUCUGAACAGGAAGUUAAAUCCUCUACCCAAAUAAAAAUCUUGAAUGAUGAAGAAAUUGAGGGCAUGAGAGUCGCCUGCAGGCUGGGCCGAGAGGUGUUGGAUGAAGCUGCGAAAGCAAUGGAAGUUGGAGUCACGACUGACACUAUUGACAAAAUCGUUCAUGAAGCAUGUGUUGAACGUGAAUGUUAUCCCUCUCCUCUCAACUAUUAUGAGUUUCCCCGCUCAUGUUGCACUUCAGUCAAUGAGGUGAUUUGCCAUGGUAUACCUGACCUUCGGCCUCUCCAGAAUGGUGAUUUAUGCAAUGUGGAUGUUACCGUCUACCACAGAGGUUUUCAUGGAGAUCUCAAUGAGACUUUCCUCUUAGGUCAAGUGAGUGAUACCGCCAGAAAACUUACUCAAACCACCUGGGAGUGUUUAGAUAAAGCUAUCAAAAUUGUUAAACCGGGUCAAAAGUAUCGAGAAAUUGGCAAUGUGAUCCAGAAGUAUGCCCAAUCAAAAGGAUUCUCUGUUGUUUUAAGUUAUUGUGGCCAUGGAAUUCAUCGUCUCUUUCAUUGUGCUCCAAGCGUUCCCCACUAUGCACGGAACAAAGCUGUGGGAAUCAUGAGACCUGGCCAUUGUUUCACCAUCGAACCUAUGAUUUCAGAAGGUACUUACCGUGACCAACUCUGGCCGGACAAAUGGACCGCUGUAACCUGUGACGGAUUGCUCUCCGCUCAGUUCGAACAUACUAUGCUUGUUACUGAUACAGGGGUUGAAGUGUUGACGAAGCGUUUCAGCCAUGAUGGACAACCUUAUUUCAUGGAUAACCUUUGAACAAAAGGAUUGGUCUCCUCCUACUUGCAUUUUGUGCCUUCUACUAUUCAAGCUCCUUAGUUAUAUCUUUUCCCAGAGAUGUUCUUUAUUUUUGUCCCUUUUUCUAAGCUGACUAUUUUCUUGUUUUUCAACCUUUUGAUAAUCUUUUUGAACCAUCAUUAUUUUCUUGCAUUCAGAAAUGUAUCAUCAGUUUCAAAAUGACUAACUUGAUGAUCUUGGUCUUCAAAUUUUUAUGCAGAAAAUGAGACAAGGGUAUAAAUUAAAGAGAGUUGCAAUUUUAUUUUCUUCAUCUGAAGAGUUCAAAGGAUAAACUAGGCAUGACUCACUACUAAAUUUAUGAGUUUUUCCUCCCCUCAUAGAAUCUAAAAUAUGUUUUUUAGCCGUACCUUCUCAUUGACCUAGAGACAUACAGAAACAGGACAAAGGAUGGAUCAGUCAUCUCCAGUGAAUUACUUUCAAUUAUUUCUUUUGUUAAAAACUAGUCAAGAAGUAGAGUAUCAUAUCGGAUAUCGUAUAGCUUUGGAACCAUUCAUUUUUGAUCGGCUUAACCAUCUUAGGUUCUAUGAAUCUCUUGGAAACCAAAUAUCAUUUACCCUUUUACUAAUGACUACUGAAUCACUCGGUUUAAGAAAGUAUUGGCUUUUUUGAACAGUCUUCUUGAGAGAAAGGCGGUAGCAAUUUGGUUUUUUCUCUAAUCCAAUUCCAAGCCUCAAGUAAAAAAUUCAGUUGUCCUAGAUCAUCAUGACCAAGUGUCAACAUGCUCAGUCUCUGUUUCACCCUCUUGCAUUUUUCAAAGGCAAUUGCACUAUUGCAAUCUCCCCAGAUUUCAGAUCCUAGCUGAGGAUCUUUAAGCAAGUUUCCUCGUUCUCAGCCAUAAUGUUAAUUCAUUUUAAGCCACUUUUUUCAAGGUGAAUGCGAUUACUAAUUUGGUAUGUUUUGAACUGAUUUCAAUUAAUGAUAAAUUAAUUUACUCUCUUGUUGUUCUCUUUACUGAAUGUAAUGACAGGAAAUGAGUACCUGCCCCUGGCAUUUUUUUAAAAAAUAUUUCUGUAAAAUUAUUCAAAAGUAGAGGCUAAAGUACAGCCAGUAGAAACUCGGUGGUUUUAUGAACGUGUCAACCACGAAAUAAAUUCUCCUGAAUUCAUAGUUUGAUAUUUUUUUAUCAUAUUUCAUUUUGUCUCUACACUCUCAGGAACAAUAACUACUUCCCCUGUAUCAAUUUCUUUAAAAAUAAAAUAAUCCAUAUAAAAUUCAGAAGGUGAACUGAAAGCGUUUUUGACAAAUAUGGAAUCAAUGCUUACUCUCAUCUCUUAUUUUGAGAGUUUUAAAUCCAAAAAAACUACUAAAGAGUUUGUACGCUCAUAGUAGCAGGAGAUUUGUCAGUUCAUUAUCUACUUCUUUAUUUUGCAGUUGUAUGUCCGAGAGAGAGCAUGAAUGAUCUGUCGCUAAGAUACAAACUUGAAAGCGCAAGAAAUCCUUUGAAUUCUCAGAAUUUUUCCCAGAGGUUCUUUGUCAGUAGUAGUGGUUUGAAGAAAUGCAUGAUGUAGAAGUGAAGUAUUAGUGUAAGAGUACUGUGAACCUUUCCUGAAUAGUUUUGAUUUUACCAACGUUUAGGUAUUGUGUAUUUCCAUCAAGUGGAAAACUCCGUCUGACCUCGGUUGGAUUUUUUUUUCUUCAGGAUAUUCUUCUCAAUUAUUCAAUGUAUUGAUUGCAUUACUUAAUUUGGAAUGUUUGUAUAGCUGUACCCAAUAUUUGUGAUCACAAAUAUGAAAGUUGACCCGAAUUUUUCGUGUAAUCGUUGAUUUUGUCUAAUUUUUGUUUAUCGAGGUUUUUAUUUAUUUUAUAAACUUGCAUUGUUUUAGUGUGCACUGUAUUUUGACAGAAUAAAAUCCUUUUUAUAGUGCAA